CACAGAGAUACCCGAUACCCUGCAGACUAUCUUUUUUUUUUUUUUCUUUCUGUAGCCACCUCUGCCACAUGGAACUACAGAAUGAUACACAGAUUUCAGAAUUUCUUCUUCUGGGGUUAUCAAAGAAACCAGAACUGCAGCCUCUCCUAUUUGGACUCUUCCUCUCCAUGUACCUGAUCACCGUGUUUGGGAAUCUGCUCCUCAUCCUGGCUGUCAGCUCAGACUCCCACCUCCACACCCCUAUGUAUUUCUUCCUCUCCAACCUGUCCUUGGUGGAUAUCUGCUUCACCUCCACCACCGUCCCCAAGAUGCUGUACAACAUCUGGACACAGAACAAAGCCAUCUCCUAUGCAGGUUGCAUCACCCAGAUGUAUUUUUUCAUACUUUUUUCAGAUCUGGAUGACUUUAUCAUAACUGCAAUGGCCUAUGACCGUUUUGUGGCCAUCUGUCACCCCCUACACUAUACGGUCAUCAUGAACCCCCAGCUCUGUGGGCUGAUGAUUCUGCUGUCCUGGCUCACUGGUGUCUUGAAUUCCUUGUUACACAGCCUAAUGGUGUUGCAUUUGUCCUUCUGUGCCAACAUAGAGAUCCCCCACUUCUUCUGUGAGCUCAACCAGGUAGUCCAUCAUGCCUGUUCAGACACCUUUGUUAAUGACGUUGUGAUAUAUUCCUUAACAGUGGUGCUGGGUGGCGGUCCCCUGGCUGGGAUCCUUUAUUCGUAUUCUAAGAUCGUUGCUUCCAUCCAUAGGAUCUCAUCAGCUCAGGGAAAGUUGAAAGCCUUUUCCACCUGUGCAUCUCAUCUCAUGGUUGUCUCCUUGUUUUACUGUACAAGCCUAGGCGUCUACUUUAGCUCGGCCGUCACCCAGAAUUCCAGUUCAAUCGCCAUGGCCUCAGUGAUGUACACUGUGGUCACCCCCAUGUUAAACCCCUUCAUCUACAGUCUGAGGAACAGGGACAUUCAAGGGGCUCUGAAAAAACUCGUUGACAUGGCAGUUGUGAAAAGACCAGUUUUCCCCGACCUGAAGAAUUAG